AUCACAUCCGAAAGUUCUCAGUUGCUCCCAGUUUCUCCCGAAUCAUCCCAGCCACAGGUUGGUGCAUCCGCGAACGAAUCUUUCUGUGAAUUUAAAGUUUCAAAACUGUUGAAAACCCUGUUUUGUGCAGUGCCCAGAGGGUACAUCGCCCAGAUUGUGGACAAAAUGAAGACGGACGACAAAAGUACAACGCCAAAAUUGCGGAUUGCUGUCAUCGGCAAGUCUAACGUUGGAAAAUCAGCUCUUACCGUGAGGUACUUGACGAAAAGGUUCAUUGGAGAAUACAGGAGUAAUACAGAUCUCCUUUACCGGCAAGUGAUAACUUUGAACAAGUCUCCUCUGGAGGUAGAGAUUGUUGACGUUUGCAGCUGUGACAUCCAGGCUUUCCCUGAGGAAGCGAUAUAUUGGGCGGAUGCGUGUGCAGUAGUUUACGACAUCACCUGUAGGAAUUCUUUCACGCAAGCCACAGAUAUGCUGCAGAAGGUUCUGCAUCUGAGAAGUCACAUUCCGACGAUGCUUCUAGGGAAUAAAGUUGAUCUCGAACAUCUACGACAAGUCGAGGAAGUGGAGGGUCGCACGUUAGCGAUCCAAAGCAACUGUCAAUUCCACGAAGUAUCAGUAGCGGAAAACUCAGCAGAAAUCUACUCAGCAUUCGACACAAUCCUAAACGAGUGUCGCUCAGCCCUGCGCACCCAAAAAACGAGAAAGUUCUCCGUCACGAAAAUGCUCGGCACCUUAAUCGGCAACUGCAACAAAGCACCAGUCACGAACCAAGGAGGAACCGUCGUAGUCUGCCACAAAUCAGACCUUUAUAAGGCGAGGAUACUCAGAAGGAGGCAGAACUUCACGGCCACGGUGUCUCUAUGACCCACCGCUAGCGAAGAGCUGGAAUCUCGUUGAUUAUUUUUCUGAGGCUUGAAGACUUUGGCAGCUUCUUAGUUUUAUAAGGGGCUCUGAUAUUAUAGUAUGUAAGAAGAAUGAACUUUGGUGAUAGCGCAUAUGCGAAAUGUGGUAUUUUUUUUAGGUUUUUGUAUGUAAAAAAGCGCCAUUUAGGCUACUUUAAACAUUAUUCGAUGGUAUAGAAGACAGAUGUGGUAUGUGCGUUAAAGCAAAUUUUUCAGUACAGCAAUUUUAAAGUUUGAGUGUCUAUACUAAAUUUCAAUAAGCGAUGCAGGGCAUGUAAACAACGACUUUAGUUGUUAAAAAUAUUUAACAUUUACCUACUCGUUCCAUAGUAACAGUAUAUUAUUAAAAUCACUUUAUCGAUUUUUCUCUUAUCUCAAUUAUUACUUUUUACUGUAUAGUAUAUAAUUUAUUGUAAUCACUGAAUACAUAGAUAGUGAAAACGUAACCCUAUUAAUUAAAUUAAUGAAUAAUUUUAGCGAUUAUACAAGUAAAUGUUAUUAAAAAAUAUUCAAAAGCUGAACGAAAUAGCCAUCUCUAUGUUGCUGAUGACGACAUCGAUGUCAACUAAUGUUUCCAUCUCUUGGAUAGCUUAUUGAAUUUUAGUAAAUUUUGAGAACUCAUAUUCAGAAAAUAAAGACUCGUAUCAUUUCGAAUGUUUAAUAUAGGAUUAAUUACCUAUAGGUAAGCACUUACCACUUUUGUGCACUACUUUAUUGUAUAUUCCACAUCCAGCUGUUUAUAAUGUUUUGUGUACCACUUUUUAAAAAGAAAAAUAUAUGAUAAGAAGUAGAACCAAAUGAAAAUGGAAAAAUAUUUAAUUAUCAAAACUGAAGCCUUCUUUUUAGCUUCUGUUAAUAAUACGUUUAUUAAUGUUUUUUUUUUAUUUUCAGAACAAUUUCCGAAGUGGAAAUCUAAACGUCAAAAUAAACGUAGUUUAAAGUAAAAUUGUGGCUUAUUCCCAAAAAAAAUAGUAGAAGUGUAAACUCUGUGUACAUAACUCAUUUUUGAAAAAAAAAAUGUACUUUCCACAUCUGUCAUCUAUACCAUCUAUUAUAGAAUUGAAUUUGGAUCAUAAAUUUGACGUUUUUCUGGCAUAAAAUGGCGUCACUUUAGGCACUAAAAUGAAGUUUUUGGAAAUUUUAUUUUAAUGAUGAAAUGAUUUCUACAGUAAUGUGUCCAAAAGGCAGUUAAAAUUGCCUUAAGGGGGAGAGUAUGGUUUAAAAUAAAAAAAAAUUCAAGCUCAUUUUUGUGGAAUUUUUUUGAAACUAUGGUAGAAUUAUUCUAUUUUUCAAUUAAAUAAACAUUUAAAACAAUGCAAGGAAUAUUAAAAAAAAAUUUCAAGACAAAAUAUUGAAAAUGGGCAAACGGUGGCAAAUUUUUAAAGAUACCUCAAAAAAAUGGAUUUUUCUCGAGGUAACGCUGUUGAGUUUUUUAGUUCUAACGAUUUUUGAGUUUUUGUUAUCAUUCAGAAGUCAAAAUAACUAAAUUUUGUGUAAAAAGGGGUGAAAAUCAACAUAUUUAUCAUUAUCAACAAAAAAUAAGCCUAAAACAAAAAAUAUCUCGACAGCGUUACCUCACGAAAUGUCUAAAGAAAAUCUAUACAAAAUUUCAGGUGGAUCGGUCUAGUAGUUUUUGAAUUACAGUGUCGAAAGCAGUUUUGAGAAAAACUGUUUAAAGUUUUGACAUUUUUAUUUUCAAUUUCUUUUUGUCCGUCAAAUCAUAAAGUGAUGCACACCAGAAUAUGUUUUUGAAUCGUGGAGUAAUUAUUUACAAAAGAGAAUGGGAACAGUUGUUAAACGUUUCUCACUACACUCAAGCGCACUGACGCGAAGCUGAAGCAAAGCGAGUCGAAGCUAGGGAUAUUUAACAUGCUGUAUGCUAAAAAAUCGAAAAUUUCAAAUUUUUCAAACCAUACCCCUACACCCAAUAAAAAAUUAUCUUUCAAAGUAAUUAUAGAUUAAAGUACAUACCCGUAGAUCAAAUAUAUUCUUUUAGUAAGGUGAAAAUUAUCAAAAAUGUUAUGUUCUUCCACAAAAUUUACUGUUUAUUUAUUUUUUUAGAAUUAUUUGGGAACCUAUGAAAUCAUUUCAUUGAUUAAUUUAAAAUACUCUACAACUUUUUUGUAUUACGAAAAUAUAGGAGACAAUUCGACUGAUAAUAAGGAACUGACACUUUGAAAUUGGCAGAAAUUUUGAUAGAAAGUUUGUAACUCUAGAUACCGGAGGAUUUAGGUCUCCUGAAUUUUCUCUUUAAAACAGAGAUGCACUUGGAACCCCUUUUUGGUGCAUUUUUGUAUUUAGAUAUCUAGAAAAGAGUCGCAUCUCUGUUACUAUGAAUAUUUGUGUAGUUUAAAUACUGUUAUCAAGAAUGAGGACCGUGUCACAGUUUAAUGCUAAAGAGUCAGUUAAUUUACUCUCGAAUUUUGACAGUUCCAAUUUUACAAUCCAUCGUACAAAGAUAAAAGUAAAUAAAACAAUAAUACGACCCGUUGUGGUGUAUGGAAGCGAAACGUGGACGAUAACAAAGGCAAACGAAGAGAGACUACGUGUUUGGGAAAGAAAAAUCCUAAGGAAGAUCUUUGGGCAUGUGGUGCAUGAAGCAGCAGGACAAUAUAGGAGAAGAACAAACAAAGAACUCGAAGAACUUUACCCAGACACCAACAUAAUAAAAAAGAUAAAGUUCAGAAGACUCCAAUGGCCAGGACAACUCAGAAGACAUUGUGACCAAAGAAAAGCAAGGCUGGUAUAGAAGUCCCAACUAGAAGAAAACCACGUGGACGCCCUCUACUCCGGUGGCGAGAUAAUAUAGUAGGAGACCUGAAAGCUAUAGGCGUGGGGAAUUGGAUAGAGUAAGGUGGCGCGGGUAGAUACCCCAUAUGAUAAGGUUGAUUAAGUCGAACACUAUUACCAGAUAUAUAUUUAUUUAUCAACAUUAACUAUACCAGUAACGAGUUGGUGGGCAAAGUCUAUACUCUAACUACUUGAUGUCAAAAUACUGAAUAAAGAAUAAAGAAUGAUUUGCAAUACUUUCUCCGUAUCUAUAAAUAAACUCGUAAUUGUUUUUAUUAUGAUUGCCGACACCGAAUCGACCGUGAAAUAUUAGUAAUAUCAAAAUAGCUGACUAGGGCGUUCUCGAAACGAGUGCCGUACAUUGUGAGAUCAAUGUCACCUAGUUAUUCUACUAUAAACAAUAAUGUUUGUGUAGGACCUUUAAAAAUUAAAACGAUAUGAGUUGUUCUUAAUUUUUUGGAUGCUAAUAUAAAUCCUGUACAAGAGGCUGCUCAAGAUAGAGAAGAGUGGAAGCAUGUUGUUGAGUUGGUUAAAACCCACGAAGGAUUGUAACGCCACGGAAUAAGUAAGUAAUUUUGCAACCCACUGGGACAAAAUUUUGAAUACGCAAAGAACUAGGAGAAAACUGCACGUUGUUGCAAGAAUUUUAUUCCAUUUUACUGAUUUAAGACAAAAAUUACAUCACAUUCACAGCAUAUAAUAAUAUCAAUAAUAAGAAAAUAUAGUAGUAAAAUAAACCAUAGACAUUCUUAUCUGAUUCAAGUAAAGUCAUGGGAACUUCGUCAAACAUAACCUCAAAAAAUUCAUGAAAAUCAGAUGUCAUCCGGCACGAAGGACCAAAAUUUUUGAUGCACCGUCACCAAAGAACAUAUGGAAAAAAGGAUUUUCGCGCAGUGACUUUACUGAUUCUUUAACAUUAUACUGUGCCCGUGUUGUAUUGUACAAAAACUGUUUUUUCUCUUUUGUAACACAACGAAUCGUUGUAGAUGUUUUUGUAUGGUACAUUAGAUUUUUAGACACUGAGUGUCUCCUGCAGAGUUUUAUUCGCUGUUUACAUAUACCUUUAAGACCAGUUUUUCAACAAUUAUUAUUGAAAAAACGGAAAAGAUGUGAACUAUAUCAAAAGUAUUCAAUAGUAAAUUUUAUAUUUGUAUAAUAGGGCUUUUCAUCGAUUGUCAUUUGUUUCGAGCUUCUGUCAUAUGUUGUAUAAUCCGUAUAUACUAUUAAUAUACACGGAUUAUAUGAAAUAUGACAGAAGCUCGAAACAAAUGACUGUGAAUGAAAAGCCCUAUAUCAGAUGUUUGUACUAUAAGUAUAGUAUGUAUACCUACAAGAGAAUUAGAGAAUGUUUUUAUAACAUAUAAAAUAGAUACAAAAAUUACUUAAUUUCAAGUAUGUACUUGGCACGAAAAAAAUCAUCUUUAUUGAUACAAAAAAGCUUAAAACAAGAAAAACACGUAAAUUAAUAAAAAAUACUUUAAAAUUAUCAAAAAAAUAAAACAAUAUAUUCGGUUUUAUGAAAAGGAAGACAGAAUCCACCUAUAAUGAUGACAAACUGAUCUUCCCCUUCUUCUUUUUAGUCUUCUGACACUUGAUGGUAAGACUUUUGUUAGGCACUUUGUACUAUACCUUGUUUUUUCCAUUAAACUCUAAUAAAUCAUCUGUAAUUUUUAAGGCCAACAGUUUUCUUAUUGAUAGUUCCGAUAUCUUUUGGUUCAAUCCUCAGUUGACCAAUGAGUUCCUGCUUCAUAUCGUUUUGCACAUUCCAAUGGGAUAGGAUGUGUGUGGCAUUUUACAUUUUCUGUACCAUAGUUCAUUCCACUUCCAUUUUUUGAGAGGUGAGAAUCUUCAAAAGACCCUCUGGGAAGGUGUCCCAGGUGUGUCGGAUUCAGUCCGACACGCUUCACCGCGUGCCGAUGCCGCCUACCGACUAAACUCACCCCCUCUUUUUCCAGACGACGGGUCUGGAACGCGACUUAGCGUGCAUGUCUGACCAUUCCACUUACCUAGUUCGUAUAAAUAUUAAUGGGGACUUAAUGUUGUUCACUGAUGGAUCUAAAACUGGUAAUGAAUCAUCAAUCUUUGGGUAGAAUAUAAUACAUUUUUUUUAAAUGUUAUUUCACAUACCUAUUAUAUUUUUAUAUUUAGAUCACUAUAUGGUUAUGAAAUUGAUUUCUUGUGGAUUUUUUAAGUUAUGUACUAUAUUUAAUGAAAAAUUAACUACAAUUUUACCGUUUUUUAAAUUAAAAUUGUAAUUUAUUCACAAAUUUGCUAGAUUACGUUUACACGGAGUGUAGUAACAUCUUAAACUACAUGCAAUUUGCGGCAGCCUUUGUUGUAAUAUACUUAAUUAACUACCAAAAUUAAUUAAUUAGACCAAAUUGUUCUAUGACGUUAAAGAUAUCAAAAAAUUAGUAAAAUCUUUUAUAAAAGGUAUAAUUUAUUUAAAAAAGACUGUGUGUGUACUUUGUAUGCACGUAAGAAGUUAUACUUCUAUUAUAUGAUUUCAACCAAAUUAAUAUACUUUAAACAGAUUAUUUAUAUUUUAUUUAAAUAUUAAACUAACUUUAAUACUUACUACUUCUCAAAAUUUUUUAUUAAAACAGUGCCAAAAAUUAAAAUAAUAAAAGAAUAAAAGACACACAAACAAACACAUUGAAAAAUGCCACAAAUGAUUUCUGAAAAAUGUAGGGAAAAUUUUUAACUAAAUACGUAUUUUCUGAAAAAAAAAUAUAUAAUAAACUUACAAUCAUAAAAUGUAUAAAAAAAAAUAAAAAAAAAAUAAAAGUUUCCAUUGGGGUUCGAACCAGCUUAUCAGCGCAGUUAGUAUUGAAAUUCAUUCACCUUAAACUUUUACCCACGGAGACCAUGUGUCAUCAUGUGCGAAGAUCAACUAACUAAACGGAUUAAACUUCUGACGGUUCUGAAUUUAACCAAAUUAUUUUGAUUUUGAAUUGAAAUUAUUUAGAAUUGAAAGAAAUAUUAGAAUACAACACAACAUAGAGUAAGAAAACAAUAUAUUAGGUGAAUGUUGAUAAAAAUUUUGAUGGUAAUCAAAUUAUGUAAAUCAAAGCAUUACAUACUAUUUUAGUAGGUUCUUUUUAAAUUUUCCAAAUAGGUAGCUCCUACCUAUGAAAUUUUUUAGUAGGAUACUGAAAGGUUUACAAUUAUUACGUACCUGUCGCUUUUAAAAACUAUUUAAAAAGUCACUACAAUAUUAUAAACUUGCAUUUUUGUCUGCCAUCACAACAAUAAAAACUAAUAUACACAACAUUAAUUUGUUUAUCCAAAAUCUCCAUAUUGAACAAUUAUUGACAGAUGAUUUUAACACCCAAUCAGAUCCCGUAUAACGUUUAUACCAUACUGUCUGUGUGCGCAUGCGCGCAGAAUUAUGAAAUUUUACUCUCAAUCGCGCCUAAAGAAGUAUAACUUCAAAAAUCCCUUAAAGGGUUACAACAGAGAACGUUUUCGAUCUAAAAAGUUCAUCUCCAGUGCUGUUGACAGGUAUUUAACAUACUUGAGCCAGCAAAAAUAUAUGGGUUAUAUAAUUUAAAUAGUCCUUUAAAUGAGAUACAAUUAUAGAACGUUUGCAUUGUUAUAUUAAAUUGAAAAUGAUGCUUAAAAUAUUCCUGGAUACCUAUAAGCACCACAGGACUUCCCUGAACACGUGGGUUACAAAAGCAUGUUAAAAUCCUGUUAACUACACUGAUGAUGAACUCUUUUGAUUGAAAAAGUUCUGUGAUGUAGCCCUUUAAGAGAUUUUUAAAUAAAGUAUGCUUUUUAUAAAGGAUUUUACUAUUUUCUGUAAUUAAUUGCAUACAGCCAGCUACAGGAAAUUUUUUUCAUCGUGGAUUUUGUUAAAGAAAAAUAAUUUAUAUCUCUCUAAUACUGAAUAUUUUGUAUAUUAUAAACACAUUCUCGGGAUCAUUUUUAAUAUUUUUGCAAUAUCUGAUCUCUUUAAAUUAGAUAAAAACUUUUAUUUGGAUAAAGUUUUCGUUAAGAAAACUGCCUUUUCUAUUUGUAUUUGUAUAAAGGAUGUUUGAAAAUUCCUUUUGGAUGGCACGAUGCCAUUGUUUUAUAAGAAAAUUUGUCAAUUUGUUGGGUUAUUCACCCUGAUUUGUAUUUGUCAAGUUGUUUUUUGGAAAAUUUGAUUUUUAUACAUGUUGUGUUCAUUCGGUUUAUAUUUUAAGCCUACAAGGGAAGAAUUUGAGUUUGUACGGAAAUGAAUUAAAGUAACAAGUAUAGUUGCCAAUAAAUUACUACAGAACACCUUACCUUAAGCGUGUUACAAAGUCGUUUGUAUUUGAGUGCUGUCAUUAAGUUUCGAGAGGUGAACAUACCUACUGAAUAGCAGGUAUAAUGAAACGUACAAUAGAUUAACAUUUAUUACUUUCUACCUGUGCCGGAAACUUAACCACAUCACUUAAAUACAAAUGACUUUGUAGUAAGCUUAAAAUAUGGUUUCUGCAAUAAUUUGAUGGCAACUGUAGAUCAGGUAAUCAAAAUUUUGGUUAUUGUUUUUAAAUUAUUUUUGAGUUGGAGAUAUUGACAGGAAAAUUGAAAUUCUUUUUUGUGUUGUAGGUUAUAUAUUUUUUUAUACUUUUCUGUGUGCUAAAAGAGGCUGUGAUAUAAAAAUGUAUGUUUUUUGUAUUGUAAAGAAUAUAGUAUAAGAUUAGACCUAUUUAUGUUGAAAAUAAAUUUAUAUUAUUUACUUA